AUGUUCAUGCCGGAAUCGUUCGAGGGGAAGCAACAGCCGGGCCAGGAGAAAGCGCUCCCUCUGCUCGUGUUCUCGUCGGCCCACGGGCGGUGGACGAGGCGACUGCUCGCGCCGGGCCGGUGCGCCCCGGCCCGCCUCUACGACAGGGUAAUGCGGCGGGGCAGGCGGACCGCGGAGGGGGACCCGUGGGUACGCACGUGGCGGUCCGCCUUGUACUGCCGCGGCUCGCUCUACGCGCACUGCGAGAAGCGCAUCCUGGUGGUGCUCCGCUGCUCGGAGGGGACGUACGACUUGGUCAAGCUCCCGGCCGACGAGGCAGAACUCCACGUCUCGUCGGGCCUCCCCGUGGACUCCAUCUUCGCGAGCGCCGACGAUGGGGUGCUGCUGCGGUACGCGAGGGUCGACGUGUUCCGCGUCAAGUUGUGGGCGCUGCAAGAAUCGGCGGACGGCGGUGGGCAGCUGGAGUGGACGCUGACGCACGACAAGGACCUCGCCGCGCACGCGCGCAUGCUGGACCUGCUUCAUCACGCGCCGUCCAAUCGCGUUCCGCUCGCCACUGGAGAAGGGAGAGGUGGAGACCGAGGCAAGAGCGUGUGGUUCUCCGACGAGGACGCUGAGGAAGUUGGCAGUGGUGACGUGGGCGACGGGUGCUCCGGCUCCGGCGGGCGGUGGAACUGGGACGACGCUAGCUUGCUCGACAUACAGAUUGGCGAGGAUGAGGUGCUCGACGUCGUGGCCGGCGCCCCGGCUCGGUUCUCCAUCCUGGGGUGUCACCCGAGCAAGGAGGUGAUCUUCCUCGUCGCCGGCGCGUUCCACGUCGUGGCGUACCAUCUCGGCGACGGCAAGGUGCAGUACCUGGGUCGUAUAGUGUCUCUGGGCGAUGGUGACCGCGUCGAGGCCGCGAUCCCUUACCGCCCGUGCAGCGUCGACGCGCUCCCCAGCUACACCUGGCGAGUCUUCUCUUGGCACGAGCAAAGUCCUUUUCUUCCCCCGAUCACAGCAAAGACUGUUCGGAAAAAUGUGCUCAACGACUAG